AUGCAAAUUAAUCCAUGGCUCUCUUUUGUCAUCUGUGUUGCCAUCGUCGCCUUCAUUGCGGUCCGGGUAGGAAAUGGUCACCCCACAUACCCCAAUGUUCCAAAAAUUACAAGGGGAUUUCUGAAAUCUUUGAUUGACUGGGAACCGACUGCUUUUUUGCGACUUCAGGAUUAUGAAGCUGAGGGAUACAAGAAGUUCAAUAAACAUGGGCUUCCAUUUGUUGUAAAACUGUUUGGAGUUGAUGCUAUGAUUAUGCCCCCGAAAUAUUUACCUUCACUGAAGAAAUUCGAUCGUCAUGCUUUAAAUUUCGCUCAGCAUCUCAAUGACAAUAUGCAGAUGGAGGCUACUGUGGGCGAUACUGCAAUUGCCAAUGAUAUGGAAAUCGAUUUAGUCGCAAGACAUAUGAAUCUUAAAAGUGGCCCCAUAAUUGCGCUUCUGGCAGACGAAGCAGAAUAUAAGUUUAAGGAUCAGUUAGGGGAAUUGCAUGAUUACCAAACUUUUAAUACUUAUAGUCUCUGUACAAAUCUGGUGCACCACAUCUCUAGCAGGGUACUUGUAGGAAAGGAAUUCUGCAGAGAUGCAGAAUAUAAUAAGGUGUGCCAGAAAUAUACCAUGACUGUAUUUAUCAGCGGUGUGCUGUGGAACUUUCUACCACUUGGUCCGUUCCGAAAGCCCUUUUACUGGCUAGCCUCUGUGAAGUUCCGCUGGGAUCUUCGGAGAGCCACAGAGUAUAUCGUUCCUGCUAUCCAGAAAAGAAUGGAACAGCGUACAGCACAAGUGAUGGAUAAACCCAUAGAUGUCAUACAAUUUGCAGUGGAUCAAACGAUACCAUCACACCGAGAAAAUGACGCCAGACAACACGCAAAGCGCAUUAUUCAUUUGAGUUUCGCUGGGACAGGGACAUCUAUAAGUCUGGUUUAUAAUCUCAUCUGGAAGAUUUUAAUGUAUCCUGAACAUCUAGAACCUCUGCGGAACGAGAUUGACCUGUCUCUUCAGCAACACGAAGGAUGGAAUGACAAGAAGAUGCUGAGUUCCCUGAGACUUUUGGAUAGUUUCAUUAGGGAGACACUCAGACACAACCCUGCAGCCUGUUUCUCAGGACAACGCACGGCAAUGGAAACACUUACGUUUCCGGAUGGCUUUACCUUAAAGCCGUUUAGUCGGAUAGCAUUCCCGACCCUCUCCACUAACAUGGAUCCCGAUAAUUAUAAAGAUGCAUCUACUUUCGACGGCUUCAGAUUUGCUGGGCCGGAGUUCUCGUCACGGAGCAAAGGAAGGAUUCAUGCUUCUGCAGUAGACGAAAAGUUUCUUUCGUGGGGAUAUGGAAAACAAUCAUGUCCAGGAAGGUUCUUCGCAGUUCGUCUUGUGAAGCUCGUUUUUGGUCGGCUGAUCUACGAGUAUGAUAUUGAAUGGGCAUCGGAAAUUAGACAGUCGCCCAAAGGGAUGGCAAUUGAAGGUACAUUUUUGGCAAACAUGGAUGCAAACAUUAAAGUGCGAAGUCGUCGCGCAAAGUCAUUGUGA